GCCGAACUCCCGCCCGUCCUCCGCUGUGGAAGUGAACGUCUCUUCGCCUUUGCAUCCCGUUCCCUUACCGCUGCAGAGAGAAAAAAAUACGCACAGGUCGACAAGAAUCUGGUUCACACAGAUUUAGAUUAUGAAGAAUUAUGCGUAGAAGUUUGUGCCGACGGAUUUCAUUAGCCGCUUCCGCCGGUAUCGUGUUAACGAUGUACUUGACCGUGCGAGAGUUCCUUUUGAUCAGCCGUUCUUACGCUUUACGGGAAAGAAAUGGAGGCAGAAGCUCUGCCCCAGAAGUGACUGUGCUCAUCUGGUGGUAUCCAUUCGGCCGGAAACCCGAGAUCAAAAACUGCAGGACUCUCUACAACGUUCACGGCUGUAAUUUGACAACAGACCGACGGCUCUAUGUUCGUUCACAGGCUGUGGUCAUACAUCACAGGGAUUUGGAACGCCAUCUGCACCAGCUUCCCUCAGGACGGAGACCUACUGCCCAGAAAUGGGUCUGGAUGAAUUUCGAAUCUCCCAGUCACUCUUCCCGGCUAGAGAAACUAAACGGUAUCUUCAACUGGACCAUGACUUACAAACACGACUCGGACAUUUUCGUUCCUUAUGGGUACCUCUAUCCCCGAGAAAAGGGCGAUCGGAGGAUAGUGCUGCCCAAGAAAACGAAAUUAGUGGCUUGGGUCAUCAGUAACUGGAAUGAAAAUCACGCACGAGUUAAAUAUUACCACCAGCUCAAGAACUAUAUGAACAUUGACGUAUAUGGUAAAUCUGGUCUGGAUCUUAAAAACGACAAUGUUGUUCUGACAGUAUUACAGUAUAAGUUUUAUCUGGCUUUCGAAAAUUCGCAGCACGUGGAUUACAUAACAGAAAAACUCUGGAGAAAUUCUUUCUUAUCUAGCGCUGUGCCUGUGGUCCUGGGACCCAGCAGAGCCAACUAUGAACAGUACAUCCCGGCAGAGUCCUUUAUCCAUGUCAAUGAUUUUUCGACACCCAGAAAACUGGCCGAAUAUUUGAUGUAUUUGCAUGAAGACGAAGGAAGCUAUAAAAAAUAUUUCGAGUGGAAAAAGCACUACAAAGUGCAUCUGACAAAGUUCUGGGAUGAGCAAUUCUGCAAUGUGUGCAAAGCUGUCCAAAGUUCAAUAGGGCAAAACAAGAUCAUCUCAAAUCUGGACUCUUGGUUUCAAUAACUGCAGGUGCACAUUUCUGUUUCAAACAAAAACCUGGGUGCGGGGCGAGUACCGUGGAUUGUGGAAUCUGCAGCAUUAUUGCGAAUGUGCAAAACUUAAAGUGCAAUAUUGGACGUUUAAGUUUAUUUCUACGUACUCCAAUUCUUUAAGUAUAAGUUAUUUAUUUAUAAUCAAUAAUGCUGAAGUACUGCAUUUUGAUUCUAAAUUAAAGCCAUUUGCUAUAAAACUUGAAACUCCUGUUAACAUUGACCCUGCAAUGUUGACCUCUCAACGAAGAUGCAAUGUUCUUUAUAUGCUGUAAGGUCCCGGAUGAAAUUACCUGGCACCAGUUCACCCUUACAGUUAAUUGUGCAGGGUAAAUCCUCAAGAAUUUUUUUAUGUAACAUCUCCAUCCGCUUAAGGUUCUAUUUGGCAAAGAACAAAGACAAACUGAGAGAACUUGUUGCCAACCACCGCUCCACCUGACACUGGAAACUUAGAAAACUGGGGUUCAUUUCUGGAUUUCUCCUACUGCCAAGUCAUGACGUUGGAGUAAAUCUGGAGAAGUGUGCAUUACACUGCAACUUCUAGUAUCAUUAUAAUUCUGGAUAUUGUAGGGAAUCUGUAUCAUGAAGAUGGUGCAUAAACAGUAUUCUCCAUUAUUCAUAAAAUAGUAACUUGUGAAGUAUAUAAGCUGCACCAUGGAACUCUGUGAAAAAUUGGACCAUUUGUGCUGCUCUGCCUCUAGCCUUGCUAUAUCCAUUAAGUCUCUUUCCUUAUGACUUUGGAUAUUUAUGAACCUUGUGAGACUGAUAGGUUUACAAUGUUAUCAAUAAUUACUCCUUCUUCAGCCAUUGUUGGCUGGGAAAUAGAGUAAUUAAGGACCAUGUACUCUGCUAUCAGUGUUUUGACAAGACAAGCAGAACAACCAAGGGCUAUAAUAUUUUAGUAUUUUCAUUACUUAUUGAGUAUGGAAAGUAUUGCCUUCCAACUUGAACAGGAAUGUGAAUGGCAAAAGUGCAUAAGGUUCAAAUACAAUUAUAUAUUCUUACUUCACGUUUUUCAGUGACUGCUGUAAAAUAAGUAGUAUCUUGUUUUACUUAGCAUUUUUAUUGCUCAGUGCUAAAAAAUAAUCACACUGCUUCCCCUUGUAAAUUGUGAUAUUUUUGUUUAUUAAUUUAUCUGCUAAAUGAACUAACUGCAUUACAGUCCACUUUGGAUGAAGUAACUUGAUACAUUCAUUAAGAAAGCACUUUCAGAUUAAUGUUUUAUUUAGGACAAUUGCACUGACAAGGAGUUUUGAGUAAGUUCCAUUCAGAUCAGAUUUCAUACGAAGUAGAAAUACUUGAUAAACAGUAGUUAUGUACUGAGAAGCAUAUCAAGCAUCAGUCUUUAGAAAUAUGCAAUAUGGGUAUGUUAAGAAAUUGCAACUUGAUUCCAAUGUAACAUGUUUUUCAGACGAAUACAUGUUUUUGAUUACCUACUCUAGGUGUGGCUCACAUAUUUGGGGAAUUUCAUUUAAAAUCAUGGGGUGAUUUAUAGGUCUGCCAUAUAAGAUGUUUUAAAACCAACUCUCAUAAGAGCAGAGUUUCGCAUUAUGGCUGUGCAACUCACUUAAUUCUUGUAAUCAAAGAAAUGUUCCCUUUUUUGAUUGAUUCUACACAGUUUUCAAUUUUUCUUGCAAGAAUAUAAUACCUAAGAUUCUCUGUACAGCUCUAAAAGAAUUUUUUAUAUUGUUUAUGGUAAUACGGUCAAUAAAAAUAGCAAAUUGAAAUGAUAUAUGUUGAAUUUUGUAAAUCAAUCAUGACCAUACUAAAUACUGGGUGCUUGUUGUUACAGUGGUUCUCAAAAGCUAA